GGUAGGAUAUUAAAAGCUGCCAUCCGCCCCGCAAACUGAACAUCGGAUGAAGUUUCGGCCCGUGGCGUCCUCUCUCCUCGCCCAGCGAAAACCCUACCUCAACGCCUCCCUCCCCCUCCUAAACCCUAGCUCUGCCAUGGCCGCCGGCGCUCCCGGGCACGAAGAAGACCCCGACGAGCGCCUCUGCGCCGCCCUCGACCGCAACCUCUCCCUCGCCACCGACCCCCCGCUCCCCCCGCCGGAGCCUCCCGGCCGCCCGCUGAGUGGGGACUCGCACGUCGAGCGAGCCUGGGCCCACUGGCGGAGGCUUGGCGAACCCAAGCUUGUCGUGGCCCCUAUGGUAGACAACUCCGAGCUGCCGUUCCGGAUGCUUUGCAGGAAGUACGGCGCCGAGGCCGCCUACACGCCGAUGCUGCACUCGCGGAUCUUCACGGAGAACGAGAAGUAUCGGAACAUGGAGUUCACCACCUGCAAGGAGGAUCGUCCGUUAUUUGUCCAGUUUUGUGCGAAUGAUCCUGACGUUUUAUUGGAAGCAGCAAAAAUGGUGGAGCCCCAUUGUGAUUAUGUGGACAUAAAUCUAGGGUGCCCACAGCGGAUUGCUAGGCGAGGGAACUAUGGGGCUUUCCUCAUGGAUAACCUCCCUCUAGUAAAAUCCCUAGUAGAGAAGUUGUCAUGCAACCUUCAUGUUCCAGUUUCAUGUAAGAUCCGAAUAUUCCCAUGCCUGCAAGACACCAUAGCAUAUGCAAGGAUGCUUGAAGAGGCUGGUUGCUCGCUCCUAGCUGUUCAUGGACGUAGUAGAGACGAAAAGGAUGGGAAGAAAUUCCGAGCUGAUUGGAAUGCCAUCAAGGCUGUGAAAGAUGCUCUUAGGAUACCUGUCCUUGCAAAUGGAAACAUACGUCACAUGGGAGAUGUUCGUAGCUGUUUGGACCACACAGGUGCUGAUGGUGUGCUUUCAGCUGAGUCGCUUCUCGAAAAUCCAGCACUUUUUUCUGGAUUCAGAACUUUGGAAUGGAGAGAAGAUGAUGGUGAAAGCAUGAAUGAUUUGGGGUUAGACCAGGCAGAACUAGCGGUGGAGUAUUUGAAGCUGUGUGAGCAAUAUCCUGUACCAUGGAGAAUGAUUCGCUCUCACGUGCACAAGAUGUUAGGGGGUUGGUUUGCCAUCCAUCCUGAAGUGAGAGAGGAACUCAAUGCUCAAUCAAAGCUCACCUUUGAGUGGCUUCAAGGUAUGGUGAAGAGACUUAGAGAACUAGGUGGAAGAAUUCCACUUUAUGGAAAGGGUAAUGCUAUGGUUAACGGAGUUGCUGCAUGCAAUUCUUGAUGACUCUAAUUUUUUGGAAAUCAAAUUUGACUUGGGAUACAGUUUUGUAUGUAUCAAGAAAUGUAUGACAAAUAGGUUGGUGGUCGACCACAGGAACAUAUGCGGCAGAUGGGACCCUUUGAAAAUUCUGUCAUGCUUUUGACCAUAUGAAGUGACCAGUAUUUUCUUCAGCAAGACACAUAUGUCCAAUUUUCUACCAUUCAUCUGUAAUGUUUUUUUCUUUUUCAUUAAUUUUUAAUGAUCGGUAAGCUAUUGCUGAGAGCGGCUUUUUGCCAAGAGGGUAUAUGUAUUAUUUGUCCAACCAACAUAUACGGAAUUGUACCAUCAAGCUCUUUAACUUGCUCCUUGUAAUUUGUGCAAAACUGCGGUAGAUAGCCAAGUUGAUGGAAUGACACUGCAGCACACUGAAUUUUGAAGUCAUGCUUGCAGUUAAAAGAAAUUUUGCCUGUUGUAACAUUUGAAAUGGUGAUAUUUAUGUUUCUGCCUUCCAUCGAAAAGAUAAUUAUAAUUCUGCUGUUUUGCCA